CUGUUCUCACUUCUAUGCUUCCCACCGCCACCUCUUAUCGGCAUAUACAACUCGAGUACUGUGGGCAACAGCUAGAGCACUACUGUACAAGCUCUGCAACCGGCGAUAAAUGUCAACUUUGCGGAUAUGGAGGACAAGACCAGCACUUGGAGGGAUACGAUCUCGUUGUUUUCUUGAGCACCGCAAGAGAAGUUUUGGAUGAUACAGGGAAGACCGCGUUUCAAAAUCAUCUCAAUAAGGUCAGUAAUAUGCUCAAUACGACCAUUUAUGGAAGGCACUCGGAACUCGAUAUCUUUCCGGAUGCUUAUUUUGAUUAUCAUCCCGAGUCUCAAAAUGCCACCAUCGUGGUGUUGGACGCGUCUCGUCCCAGUACGAAGAGCCUUCCUACCGAUUGGCCAGCCCGGUGUCGUACCGUUGAAUUAUCUCAGUGGUAG